CGGCCGACUCUCUAUUCGAAGCUCGGACAAGGUUUCUGUGCAGGCGCAAGCCCCAAUUUAGUGCUUAAUCGGGUGUGAUCAAACAGACGCCUUCACUGAUAAUCUUUCCCUUCCCCUCAGAUGGCCAGUCUGGCUAGAAUCUCGGACCUACUGGGAUGUACAGUACAUGAUUUAAUUUUGUCGGUUCUGUUUUUUCUUUCUUUUUUAUUUAUGUUUUUUUUUCUAAAAAAAGGCAAGGCAAGGCAAGAUAAACCAAGACAAGGAAGAAAAUAUCAUUCGUGUUUCCGGGUCCGCGACGCCGCAGUUGCGCUGCUACCAGAUUCAGUACUUCGCCUCUGUUCCUCCAUACUUCCUGUUCGACUCCCCCUACGUCGCCCAUCAUACUUCAAACACCUUCCCUUCCUCUCACUAAGUGACGGGCAGCGUUCUUUACCACAGAUAUCUUGCUGAGUAUCCUCACGCCCGCAUCUGCCUGUUCUUUCUGCACGAAUCGCCCAAGAAGGCCACAGGACGCGCAAGCGUCGAGUGCCGGCUUAAUAAGUCGGAAAGUCU